AAACAAGGGCAGCUUUGUUUUUUCCGGGUGAAGCAAGGGCAACUUGACGCAGAGAGCUCUCCCUCCUUCCUCCCCGUGCCGGCGGCCGCCGCCGCCGCAAAGCCAGAGGAGAGAGCAACGCCGGCCCCUGGUUCCCCCGAGUGCCGCCGCUGAACCGUCCCGUACUCUGCCCGUCGCCCCUCGGCGGCAGCAUCUUGGCCCUCGCGCGCCUCCGCCGCCGCUUCCUCUUCCUCUCCGCCCCAUCCCAGCUAGCUGAUGGACAAGUCUGGUCGUCCAAGAUGGAAGAAGGGCAAAGACGGCAAGGACUUGGCAGCUCUGGCGGCAGCCCAGCCCAUGUCAGCCAUCGUCGCCAAGCUCCAGGCUUCACUGAAAGGAUCAAAGCUCGCGGCAACUCUGUCUAGCGGGGCCGGGGAUGCGAUCCUCGGCGUGAACCCGCAGCAAGCCGCGCUUCUGAGCCGCGCCGCCUUCGGCCGGGCGCUGGAAAACGCCGGAGCCGGGAGACACUGGUUCCAGCUGGGCGCCGAGGAGCUCUUCUACCUUCUCCAUGCCUUGAACUGCAUCGCGGUGGUUGAGUCGGCGAGCAAAGAUAAUCCAAUGAGCCAAGGGGAGCUGUGGGAUCGCUUGUGCUCCGCGUCAGAGUCAUUCCCUGAGACGUACAGGGCCUACUCGCAUCUCAGGUCCAAGAACUGGGUGGUGCGGUCAGGCUUGCAGUAUGGCGCAGAUUUCGUCGCUUACCGUCAUCACCCAGCGCUCGUCCACUCGGAGUUUGCCGUGGUUGUGGUUCCGGAAGGGUUGGGGCUCGGCGGUCGGCGCGGCCGCCUGAAUGUGUGGUCUGAUCUGCUGUGCGCACUCCGAGCUUCUGGCAGCGUGGCCAAGACGCUGCUGGUGCUGACGAUCUCCGGCGAUGUCCGUGAGCUGAGAUCCCCAGAUUGUUUGGAACAGCUGGUUGUUCAUGAAAGAACUGUUGCGAGGUGGAUUGCCCAGCAGUGCCGUGAGCAGCGAUGUGAACCGUGCGGAGAAGACGAAGCAUAUAAGGAAGAACAAGAUCAUGCCGGAGGAACUGUAGUUUUCAACUGUUGGGGUGUAAUGCUAGGCUUCGCAGCUCUUUCUGGCUUACUUGUAUACAAGCUGAGAUUCCGACAAUAAAGCUGGAUGUUUCUCUGUACUCCUAUUGGUGAUGUGUAAAAAAUUCUCAUCUUGUUGCAA